AUGACAUCUAUAACUUGCCUCUAUAAUAUUAAUUUUAUGGAAACCUAAUAAACUAAUUAGUAUUCACAUUUAUUCAUUUAUUUAAUGAGGAAAUUAGUGUCAGCUUCUAUAGUGUUUUUUAACAGUACUGAGCCGAAUGUUCAGAAUAUGGAUAUACUUUGCUUUAAUUUAUUUGAUUCACAUAACUGUCAGCACGGCUGAUCGCCAACCAAGUGACUAUCCUGAUUCGGAACUAAUCGAUAUAGAUUUACCAUCGAGUGUUUCAAAGCCAUAUUAUACAUCUGAGAGUGAUUCCUAUGAAAAUAAUAAAGCUUUGAGUCGUAUGAGAAGAAGAGUGCACAAGCGUACACAGCAUCUACUUAUCACACAUCUUGACCUUCCACGCAAUCUAAGAGGAUAUGACAAUAAUGAAAAUGAUUAUGGAUCUGAUACACCCGUAUAUUUCCAGCAACUUGUUAGUAAGACUCAUCAAGCAUCAUUAAUGAGCCCCGAAAAACGUCUUUAUUCAUCAGAUGAUGAAGAACUUAUAAAAAUCUUGAUUAAACUAAUUAAGCUUUUCAAAAACAAGCAUGUUCGAAGAGUGAAACCAGUAGCUUCAGUUAAUCACAUUAUUAUGGCCCGACCAGCUGUUCAUAUCGAAACUUCAGCGGAACAUUCACCGCCAAAUAAUCUAAUUGAUUAUUGUAAGGAUCAGAAAGAAAUAUCGCCUCUUCAAUCUACUUCAAACGGUUUUCAAGCUUCUAAAACUGUUUUCUUACCUCAUACUAACCCUAAAGAAUCUUUGAAACAAACAUCACAGUCUUCUUCCACCGACUCAUCCAUACAGAUAGGCACUGUUAAUAAUGUUGAUGCAUCUCGUUCUAAAAUUAAAUAUACUCCUGCAUUAUCUCAAAAACAAUUUAGUUCUUCUUCAUCAACUGGUUUUUUACAGCAACAUUCUAGUAUGUUCAAUAGGAACUCUAUUGGCGAGUCGGAAACUAAAUAUCUCAAUACGGCUCAGCAAGUGAAAAGUAACAUUCCUAGAAUGUCAGAAUUAAAUCCGUUAGGAAGACCCCUUCACCUCACUUCUGGAGAACAUAGUAAUUCUAUCCAUUCAGGUUACAGGUAUACAUCAGUGUAUAAUCAUGCUGAAGCGUUAUCUCCAAUGUCUAUAAGCCGACCUAGUAUCCUAACUGGCUCUAGCAUUACUGAACUCCCAUCACCGAAGGAAAUCCAUACACCAAUAUCUUACCAAGGCUCUCAAAAAGUCGUGCCAGUUACACCUUCAUCGGCUCCAACUGCCAUUGUAAACCAACCAGAUAAUCCCAAAAUUCAACCGAUACAACAGGGGCAGAAGAUGUCACCUCAACAAGAAAGUCAAUCACAUACAAAUAAGUUUCCACAACAAUCACUGACACAAGGAGCAUCGCAAAUUUCUCCAGUCAUGUCAACUCAACAAAAUAUCCCGCCUGUUGGUAAAGAUUCCAGUCAUACUAGCCAGUCACCUGAUGUGAAUAAUUUAUUAGUCACCCCUCAUACUCAAUCCCCUGGACAGCAAAAGCAACAAGUUGUUCCUCAGGAGUCUUCUCAUAAACCUGUUCAGCAAGCAUCAAAAACUUAUACUAACAUAGCAUCACCGUUACCUCCGGUAGUAUUUACUGUUUCGAAAAUUGGAGAUUAUGAUUGGCAUUAUAACAUAUUUCAUCCAAGUAGGCCACAACGAUGGAAUUUAAAGAAUUAUGCAGUCAAACAAAAACUUCUUGAACAGAUCCGAAGAGUUUUACCAAAUUAGUAAAUGGAUGUGCAGAUACACAGUCUUACUAAAAUGAUGGAACGGAGAUAUGAGGAACCAGGUUAGCAACCUUCUUUUUUUAACGAAAUUUCGAUAGCGAAAGACGGCUAAAUUGGCAGCCUAAAUGAAAAAGAAUUUAAUGAUUAACAGUUUUGAUGCAUAUCCUCUCAUAUUACAUCUUGUAGUUUGUUUUUUCCGAAAUCUCCUCUCUUUCUCUCCAUAUAUAUAUCAAAGAAAUAUAUUAUUUUCCAAAAGUUA